UUUCAGUACUAGCAGUGAAUUUUGGAACACAGCCAUAAUAAACAGCAAUUAUGUUCGGAUAAAAGAUCGUUUUAUUCGAUAGAAUUGUUUAUGUUUGAAUGAGAGAUAUAAAUGCAAAUCCAGAACAAGAGAUCAAAGGUUCCUAGUCAGUCUUAGUGUAGAAGAGUGCAAAUGGUUUAUACCCACAAAAAGUCGUUGCAUAAUGAAAGAGUUAUUAUGCAAGUUUUUAUUUCAAACGAUCUUUAUCUGUGACACGGACGGAUAUUUAUCUGUGACAUUUAAUAACCUUUUAUAAUUAGCAAUGUAACUCGAUAAAAAACUGGAACUGAUCAUGUACCGCUAUUUAAUGAGGUUAUAAUGUGAAAUCAAAUGCGUCUGAUAUAAAAUGAUGCGUAAUAAAAUUACUUGAUUAUUACGCAAAAUUUACUAUAAUAAUUAAUGCACAAUCAUUCUAUCGUCAUAUGCACAUCUAUAUUACCUGCUCAGGCUAUGCACAUCUAUAUUACCUGCUCAGGAAAAUAGAAUAUAAAUGCAUCUGCAUAAAGUAGCCUCUCUUGUACAAGCAUAGUCAUUAGAUUUUUUUAUGCAAUUAUAGUAUCAUUGUUAUUGUCCUUUAUUAUGACUAAGGAAAUAAUGGAGCUGCACGAGAAUCGUGCUAAAGAGCAAUUGUAUCAUAAAUUUUGGCAUAACAUACCAGAACGCUUAUCUAAGGGGGUGGAACAUUUUUUCUAUCGGCUGGGAAUGCGUGUCGCUCAAAAUCCAUACAACUGGUUAUUAGGAUGUUCUAUUGUAAUAUUACUCUGUCUCUCUGGAUUGUUUCGUUUUCGACAGGAGAAAAAUCCUGUGAAGCUUUGGUCUUCGCCAGACUCUGACUUUGCAUUAGAUACUGAAUGGCUAAUGUCACAUAUUAAAGAGGGUUUACGAAUCCAAACAUUUAUUUUGACUGGUGACAAUGUCUUAGAACAAGAAGCGCUUAUUAGGUUAAAUGAAAUAACUAAACAAAUAAUCUCUAUUCAAACACCAAUUGAGAAGAUUUCUUGGACCGAUGUUUGUAUGAAGAUUCCUUCCAUUGCUGGCUAUACGCAUAGAACAAAAAGAGAAGAUCCUCUUUCAGGAGAUGAUUUUUUUGACGAUGAUGUUACUUCAAGAAUUAAUCAAACUUCGUUUGAACCUGCUAUUCAUGCUGAUAUUAAAUUCUAUUGCGACGUAAUUAAUAGCCUGCCUAAGACUUGCCUUAUGUUCAGUAUUUUAGACAUAUGGAAUUUUGAUAGUGCUAAAAUUAAACAAGAUUCUACAGAAGAAAUUAUUAAAAAGAUAAAUACAAUAAAACUCAGUCCUACAUUGGGUCAUUCCAUGAAUUUCAGUGAACUUCUUGGAGGCAUAACUUUGGAUGAAAAAGGUAGAAUUAUUGCAGCAACAGCUAUAAAGACGCAAUUGAUGGUUCACAUUAAAUAUCUCGAUGUGGACAUGGAUAAAAGUGGAAACAACGCGGGAACUGCUGAUUGGGCAACAUUCGAGGUAUUAACUUGGGAAUCAGCUUUUCUGGAAUUUACUAAAAAGCUUUCAAACAAAUUGCAAAAUGAGAGAAAUAAUAACUCGUUGGAAUUUUAUUAUGAAGCAGGCCGAAGUUAUGGAGAUCUUAGCGGGACAACUAUGUUUCAAGACAUAGAUAAAUUGAGUUUAGGAGUUUCAUUAAUGUUCCUAUAUGUUUUGGCAAUACUUUCGAAAUAUAAUUGGGUGGAAUUGCGGUUUCUUCUUACUAGUGUUGGGCUUUUCUGUGUGGGCACUGCAUUUUUACUUGCAGUAGGAAUAUGCUCUUUAAUUGGCAUCCCAUACGGUCCAAUACAUACAUCUUUGCCGUUUUUACUUUUAGGUCUUGGAGUAGAUGAUAUUUUUGUAUUUCAUGCAUAUUGGAAACAAUUACACACUGAUGAAUUAAUGUUAAGUAAAUCACUGACAGAAAGGAUCGGACUUACGUUAGGUCGUUCCGGUUCUGCUAUUACUAUUACUUCGUUUACCGACAUCGUGGCUUUCCUUAUUGGUGCUACUACAGUAUUACCUUCACUUCGAUCAUUUUGCAUCUAUGCUGCGAUGGGCAUAUUGAUAACAUAUUUAUUCCAAAUUACAUUUUUCAUUGCUUAUUUUACCAUAGACUCCAGAAGAAUAGAACAAAAAAGAAAUGGGAUAUUACCAUGUAUCGUGCAUGAAAACUUUACGCCCAAGAUAUCGGAUCCAAGCAAUGCAUUCUCCUGGAAAUUUAUACAUGUUUUGUACCAUCGUGCAAUAUUAACUACGCCCGGCAAAAUUAUUAUAAUAAUAAUUACAUUGAUAAUGAUAUCGAUAAGUAUCGCGGGCUCGAUCCAUUUGAAACAGGGAUUUGAUCCAGCAUUAUUGGUGCCGAAAGGAUCAUACUUAGAUCAGUUCACAAUUAUAAACGAUCAAAAAUACUCCGAUCAAGGAUAUGAAGCUUUCGUUCUUAUGGGAGACAACAUUGAUUAUUCCUCUGAAUUCUCUAAGAUAAUAUCUCUAACAGAACGCUUAGAGAAUGCAUCUUUUAUUCAAAAUAUAGAACCUUGGCCAAUUAAAUUUGCAAAAUUUGUGUCGACGUUCUAUAACAUAGAUUUAAAAACCACGAAAAUUACAGAUGAUAAUUUUCACCACUAUUUGUCGAAAUUUCUUGUUAGCGGAACUGGUGGUAAAUAUCAGAGAAAUUUUCUUUUCAAUGAAACUUUCACAUGUGGUAAAAACGCUCCACGAAUCAUAGCAACAACCAUUGACUUUAAAUACAAACGAUUUGGGAGUCCCUCCCAAUGGAUUCCAGCAAUGGAUGAUAGUAAACAGUUGGUGAGUGAAGCGAAAAUUGAGGGUUACGCCACAGUGUGGAGCGUAAUAUUUGGACCCUGGACCUCCGAUAAAAUGAUCACUCAAGAAGUAUCACGAAAUCUGUUAUUGGCGUUAAUUUGUGUCAUGAGUACCACAGCAGUACUUAUUGCUGAAGUUCAGACUUGUAUUUGGAUUUUACUAAGUGUACUUCUUACACUGCUAAAUGUUUGUGGCUUUAUGACUUUUUGGGGACAACCAAUAAACAUGAUCUCUAGCAUUAGUCUCCAGCUGGCUAUCGGUUUAAGCGUGGAUUAUGCCGCGCACGUCGCACAUGCUUUCUUGCAUACAGAAUUACGAAAGGAUGACGAUGAUGCUCCUCGUACAACCCGGGCAUUGAUCGCAGUCAGACAUAUCGGGGCAGCAGUUGCAUACGGCGCGGGAUCGACAUUGUUUGCCGUAAUAAUGCUAGGAUUCUCGAAGUCCUACGUGUUCAUAGCCUUUUUUAGGAUAUUCUUGCUAAUGAUCUUGUUGGGACUCUGGCAUGGAUUGAUAGUGUUACCUGUAGUGUUGAGUAUUAUUGGGCCACCAAGUUUACGCGUGGCUGAACAACCGCAGCCAAUGUCCGUCUCUGUAGUUGACGAUGAAGAUUAAAACGGAGAUACGGAUAGUUUG